AUGUGUCACCUUCCUUGCCUGGCCCUGGCCCUGCUCCUGCUUGGUGCAGUUUCUGCUCUCCACCCAGAGAAUGAGGUGCCUGCUCUGCAGAGCCCAAAGGCUGAGCUGGGCUGGGAUCUGGGCAGUGCCCAGGAGCAGGAGCAAGAGUCGGCCCUGGGCCAGGAGGCGAUUCCAACAGCAGGAGACGAGAUGGAGGCCCUGCCGUGUCAAGACGCGUUGGAGGACCCAGAAGCCACAGAGUCAGACGCAGCAGCCCUCGACAAAGACUCCCCAUGCCCUGCAGAGGAGGACACCCUCCCAAUCCAGGGGCUCCCAGGGUGCCAGACCUGCGGCUACCUGCUGGUGCAGACCCCCAAGCGGUUUAGUGACGCUCAGAGCAUCUGCAAGAGAUGCUACAGAGGCAACCUGGUCUCCAUCCAUAGCUACAGUGCCAACUCUCACAUCCACCUGCUGGCCAGCAAGAUUAACCAGGCCCAGGUCUGGAUUGGAGGCGCCCUCAAGGGUUGGUUUUUGUGGAAGAAGUUCUGCUGGACAGACUGCAGCCGCUGGGACUUUGGAUACUGGGCCCUAGGGCAGCCUCAGAACGGCAAAGGCUGCUGCGUGGCCCUGUGUACCAAAGGGGGCCACUGGCGACGUGCCCAUUGCUACCAUCGCCUGCCCUUUGUCUGCUCCUACUAG